AAGAAGUCGAAGAUGCACCAAUGUACAGUAUGCUUUAAGUUAUUCCCUAGACCGAGCGGCCUGGCGACGCACAUGAACUCGCACUCUGGGGCGAAACCGUUCAAAUGCCCGAUACCCACUUGCACAAAGUCGUUCGCUGUCCGCUCGAACGCGAAGCGGCACCUGCGCACCCACGGCAUCUUCCCGACCUCAGACCACACCAACACCUCUCCCUCGCAGUUCACCGUCGGGUUCGACACCCCGCUCGUGUCCGAGGUGCACGAGGCGGGCAGGCUGCCCUCGAAGCUGCGCUGGGUGCCGCCCUCGCUCUCGACGCGCACG